GUCAUGCUAUGCUAUAUGUACCCACAAUCUCAUCAGUUCCUACUUCCUACAUGCUACCAAACUGCUCAUCAGAUCAUCUUGUUACCAAAAAUGGCUUUCUGUAAUCCACCAACCCUUUUACAUUCAUCGUCUUCCCGGCCUCAAUUCCAUUCCAACUCCAAUCAUAUUCUCCUCCGACGAAUGCCGCGGAGAUUUCUCACCAUAUCAAUGGCGAAAAAUUCAACAACACCGAAUGCUGAUAAUGACCCAAAACCCACAAAAUUCGUCACGUUUUUGGGUAAAGGCGGUUCUGGUAAAACCUUUUCCGCCAUAUUUGCUGCUCAGCAUUAUGCAAUGGCUGGACUUAAAACAUGCUUGGUCAUACACUCGCAAGAUCCCACUGCAGAUUAUAUUCUUAACUGUAAGAUUGGAGCAACUCCUGUUACUUGCAAUGACAAUCUUUCAGCUGUCAGAUUGGAGACUACAAAAAUGAUUCUUGAACCACUUAAUCAACUAAAACAAGCUGAUGCUCGUCUCAAUAUGACACAAGGAGUCCUCGAAGGGGUUGUGGGAGAAGAGUUUGGUGUUCUUCCUGGAAUGGAUACAAUCUUUUCAGCAUUGCAACUUGAAAAGCUUGUAGGAUUUUUAAGAAACAAAACUCAAAAGACUAGCUUUGAUGUAGUCAUAUAUGAUGGUAUAAGCACUGAAGAAACAAUAAGAUUGAUAGGUGCAACUGGUAAAUCAAGAUUGUAUUUGAGAUUUUUGAGAAAGUUGGCAGAAAAAACCGAUUUAGGGAGGUUGGCUGGUCCCUCGAUUAUGAGACUUGUAAAUGAAGCCUUUAAUGGAGGCACUAGUAGUUCUGGAUUCAAUGGGCAAAUUAGUGGAGAAAUAUGGGAUAAAUUAGAGCACAUGUUAGAGAAAGGGUCAUCUUUCAUCACAAAUCCAGAGUUAUUCGGGUGCUAUUUAGUGAUGGAUUUGAACAAUCCAAUGUCAUUAAAUGCUGCAUUACGUUACUGGGGAUGUGCUGUUCAAUCUGGAGCACUUGUUUCUGGUGCAUUUGGUGUGACAAAUUCAAGUUGUGGUGAUGAAUGUCUAGAGAACGCCAAAAAGACGUUUUUGCCCUUGCCUUUUGCGUCGUAUCCUCCUGUUUUGUUUAAAGAUUCGUUAAACUGGGAGGGUAUUUUGGGAAAUGGAAAAAGUAAUGAUGCACGAAAUCUUCUAAGUGGAUUGGAAAGUAGGUCAAGUGGAUAUUUGCAAUUGCAGCCUGUGACAUUUAAUCCUGCAAACAAAUCUGUUACCCUUCUCAUGCCUGGGUUUGACAAGUCUGAAAUAAAGUUAUAUCAAUAUAGGGGAGGAUCCGAGUUAUUGGUUGAAGUUGGGGAUCAAAGACGUGUUAUUUGUUUACCAUCUAAGAUUCAAGGGAAGGUUGGAGGUGCCAAAUUUAUAGAUAGAAAGCUUAUCAUCACCAUGCGAAGCUAACAACUAUUCUUGCUUCAAGUCUUUGAUGAAAACUUUGUUUUUGUAAUAUAUACAUUGAUAGUGAAUCCUGGAAAAUCAUUAAUAAGUACACUAGUGUACAAUGAGUUAUAUAUAUAAACCACAUGGGAUCGGCUGCUUUAUAUUCAUGAAAAACAUUUGUUACGGUCUUC